GUCGCGAUCGACGCCUCCUUGGAGGCAGCGGUCUCUGGGGACUCUGUGGGCGUCGGCAACGGCGUCGCCCAGGCCAUUGCCCGGCUGACUGAGGAGCUCGCGGACUACGAACUGUUGCGCGUGAUGCUCAUGGAGGCGGCAGGCCCCGUAACGGACUGGACGCCCGAGCGCGAGGCGCUCCCCGAGGCGGAGCAGGCUAUGGCGUCCGCGGCGCACCCCCUGCGCAGUGCUGUCUGUAGGUGCCAGCGCUGGCUGGGGCGCUGGCUGCCAUGGCCGCCGUGGCUGCGGCUGGGCAUGCUCCGGCAUCUCGGAGUCGCGUCGGCAGGAAACGGUUACCAGUGGCGGAUGAUGCUGACGGAGCUGCCGCGAAACCCUCAAGCCGGCGGGCCGAGGCGCGAGACGGCGCGGCGGUCUCCCCAGAGCUCCCCUGCUUUAGCGGAGUGGCUGCGAGGGUGA